AUGGAAGCGGCUGCCCGGGCCAGCGCCAGUCCAAAUAAGGAAUUUUCCGCCACCGACUUCAUCAAUGCCGAGUGGGCAGAUUCGCUCGGCCACCGCAUCAGUGUCUCCUCCGGCAAGAAGGCGAACAAUCUUCAGGCAUGCCUCUCAAAGCCGAAGAAGCCUGACAUCCUCCUGAACCUGAAGCCGGUAAUUGGCUUGUCCGUGUGGCAAUGCGGAAAUGCAUUCCUCGAUCCUGCUACCAGUACGUCGGAGAGGCUGUGUUGGCUUUCGGAAGGUGGUCGCGUCUCGGUAUGGGUGAAGCUGGACAAACAUGCAGACAGUACGGAUGAUGCGGAAGGCUCGGAAGAGCUUCAAUCUGGAACAGGCUCUUGGAGUGACAGCCGCCAGUGCAGCAAGGACAGUAAGGAGGAGCCUUGA